GCGAGUCUGACAAGUGGAUCCAAGAUGGCGUAGAAGUAAAGCUAGAUGUUCAAAGCUGUUAGCAGAGAAGUCUCCAUUGACUGGGAUGAGGGUGCCUGGAUCCUAGAUGUUGCGAUCACAGUGCACAGGAUGUCACUCAAUUUUGCUUCAAACUAAGAUUGAAAAAGUUUUGUCCCUGAGUCAUGGCGGACAGGAGAGCGGAGAAAUCAUGUGAAGAAGCCAGCAGAUCGUUAGUAAGGCGGGAGUAUGAGGCGGUAGUCAGUCACAGCACGGACACCUUGGCGGUCCUUGCUCCCCAAGUCCAAUCCACAGGCAUCCAGCUCUCAGCGAACCCGCCUUGCGGAAGCCUCCGCAGCCGCGCCCUGCUUUAUCGCAUCGCUGCGUUUCUUCAGUUGAAAAAAUAUGAUGAAGCAGAUCAAGACUGCAAACAUGUCCUGGCAGAAGAUAGGGCGGGGGGAGACGGUUUGCUCCAGGCCAUCUUGGGCUCCAUGCAGUUGGAUGGCAGCCUGCAGGAUGUGGCCAGCAUCCUUUCUAAAGCUUUGUUUGGAGAGCCAAUGAAUGGCAUUGUUGCAAAAGACAUAUCCAGAUUAAAAAUUCUGUUUUCAGAAAUAGAGGCUAUAAAGAAGAGUGCGAUGGCACCAGAAUACACGGAUGACCAGGAGGAGGAGGUCCAAGACGGCUGGCAGUUUAGGCCCCCACCUCGAGGAGUCACCAGCAGUGAGGAGUACACUCUCUGUAAAAGGUACUUAGAGCAGGGUCUGUGUCGGUACGGGGCCCAGUGUACGUCAGCACACUCGCAGGAGGAGCUGAUGGAAUGGCAGAAACGCUAUGCGUCGCGCCUCAUCCGUCUGAAGCAACAGCAGGAAAGCAAACACUUCACUGAAAAUUACAUGGAGACACUAAUAGAGAAGUGGAUGAACUCUCUCUCCCCAGAGAAAGUGCUAAGUGACUGUUUAGAAGGAGUCAACGUUGAAACCAGCACAAGUCUCUCUCUUACCGUUACCACCAAAAAAUCUUUCCAAUCUUGGACCUUCUCACUGCUCUGCAAGCCUCCUAGAAAACUAUAUCGCAUUGCCCUGCUCUACGAUGCCCACAGACCACACUUUUCCAUCACAGGAGUCUCUGCUGGGGAGCAGAUACAAACUGUGUCCACUGGCUCUCAAGAGUGGACUCCACGAAAAGAAACAGCAGUGGCAGCAGACAAUGGCAUAGACCACUGUGUCUACAAGGUCACUGUGGAAUUCACCACAGAGAUCUUUGGCACCUUCAGACAGACCAUCGUUUUUGACUUUGGCUCCGAACCAGUGCUGAUGCAGCGAAUCAUGGUGGAUGCUGCCUCUAUUGAAGAUAUAGAACAUUUGAUGGCAGCCAGACAGCAGCUCUUGAUGACUGCAAAACGUUGGGACUCUUCCUGUAAGACUAUAGUUGGAUUCACACCUAAUGAAACCAUGUGUGAUCUGGAGCGCAGUCUUUUAUCCCGCUAUCAAAUCCCACUGUCGGCGGACCAGCUCUUUACUCAGUCAGUUCUGGACAAGACUCUGACCAGAGAAAACUACCAGGCCCGGCUCCAUGACCUUCUCUACAUAGAGGAGAUUGCGCAAUUUAAAGAAGUGAGCAAGUUUAACAUCAAAGUAAACCUGCAGCUGGUAUCCAGCUUCAUGCUGACUGGCAUUUCAGUUGGAGCCAAGUAUGCCCAGAAUGGACAACUCUUUGCACGUUUUAAACUCACGAAAACACUGUCUGAGGACACACUGGCAGGACGACUAGUGAUGACCAAAGUGAAGUCAGUUCUCUUCCUCCCUUUGGGCUCGGAGGGCUUCAAUAGCCAGCCUCCUCCGGGGGUCAAAGAGCGCGUCUACGAAGCUGUUAUUGAAGAGAAGACCAAGGAAUACAUCUUCCUCAGGAUCUGCAAAGACUGCUGUGAUGAACUCGGACUACUGCCUGACAGAAAAAUCCAGGUGGAACUCCAAUUCCAGCUGAACAGGCUACCACUGUGUGAGAUGCAUUACGCCCUGGAUCGCAUCAAAGAUAGUAAAGACAAUAGCAUUCUUUUUCCUGAUGUUAGCCUUGUCCCAACCAUCCCCUGGAGCCCCAACAGGCAGUGGGAUGAACAGCUGGACCCUCGUCUGAAUGCCAAGCAGAAAGAGGCCAUUCUAGCCAUCACCACCCCCCUCUCUAUCGCCCUGCCUCCAGUCCUCAUAAUUGGACCCUAUGGCACUGGCAAGACUUUCACCCUGGCACAGGCUGUCAAGCACAUCCUACGGCAGGAAACUAGCAGGGUUCUGAUCUGUACCCACUCCAACAGUGCAGCUGACCUUUACAUUAAGGACUACCUUCAUCCUUAUGUUGAAGCAGGCAAUCCACAUGCCAGACCUCUCAGGGUAUACUUUCGGAACCGCUGGGUGAAGACCGUCCACCCAGUGGUCCAGCAGUACUGUCUCAUCGCCAACACACAGGUCACUUUUAAAAUGCCCAGAAGGGAUGACAUCCUCAGGCAUCGUGUGGUUGUGGUCACCCUCAGCACUUCCCAGUACCUCUGUCAACUUGACUUGGAGCCCGGCCUGUUCACUCAUAUCUUGUUGGAUGAAGCUGCCCAGGCCAUGGAGUGUGAGACGAUCAUGCCUUUUGCCUUAGCGAGCAGUACCACCCGCAUUGUCUUGGCUGGAGACCAUAUGCAGCUCAGUCCAUUUGUGUACAGCGAGUUUGCCCGCGAGCGAAACCUACAUGUGUCCUUGUUGGACCGACUGUAUGAGCACUACCCUUCAGAAUUCCCAUGCCGCAUCCUUCUAUGCGAGAACUACCGCUCCCAUGAAGCUAUCAUAAACUACACGUCAGAGUUGUUUUAUGAUGGCAAGUUGAUGGCGAGUGGAAAGCAGCCCUGUCACAAAGACUUCUAUCCUCUAACCUUCUUCACUGCACGAGGAGAAGAUGUCCAGGAGAAGAACAGCACUGCCUACUACAACAAUGCUGAGGUUUUUGAGAUUGUGGAGCGUGUUGAGGAGUUACGCAAGAAGUGGCCAGUUGCUUGGGGAAAGCUGGAUGAGGGCAGCAUUGGAGUGGUGUCGCCAUAUUCCGACCAGGUCUUUCGCAUUCGGGCCGAACUCCGAAAGAAGAGAAUGCAUGAGGUCAGCGUGGAAAGAGUGCUCAAUGUCCAAGGUAAACAGUUCCGGGUGCUGUUCCUAAGCACAGUGCGGACGAGGCAUACCUGCAAGCGAAAACAAACGGCCAUCAAAAGGAAAGAGCAGCUUGUGGAGGACUCCACUGAGGAUCUGGACUAUGGAUUUUUGUCAAACUACAAGCUGCUCAACACAGCCAUCACCAGAGCUCAGUCGUUGGUUGCGGUUGUGGGAGACCCAAUAGCACUGUGCUCUGUUGGACGGUGCAGAAAAUUCUGGGAGCAUUUUGUUUCCAUUUGCCACGAAAACUCAAGCCUCCAUGGCAUCACUUUUGAGCAAAUAAAAUCCCAACUUGAGGCCCUGGAGCUAAAGAAGACCUAUGUUCUCAACCCUUUGGCUCCAGAGUUUAUCCCGCGUGCCCUCAGGCCCCUGCAAGGGCACCCGCCUUCACAGGCGCUACAUACCCACCAUCAUCCUCAUCCUCAGCAUGUGCAGGCAACAUCCACAAAGCAGGCACAGCAGCAACAGCAGCAAUCGCCACCUAAGGGCAAACAUGCCAACCACACAGAGCACCUUCCCCCUGAAGGAUAUGUCCAGCCCAACCCAGCCGUUCUAAUGGGAAACCCAAUCCAGGCAUUUACACCGCCUGUGGGUGCCGCCCCAGCUGGCUUGGGCAAGUCACCAAGUCCUGUUCAAAGGAUAGACCCUCACACAGGCGCUAGCAUCCUUUACGUUCCAGCAGUAUAUGGCGGAAACAUGGUCAUGCCCAUGCCACUUCCGUUGCCAUGGCCAAGUUAUCAGAAUCGCUUUGCUGUUGACCCGCGCAUCAUGAGCCACCAGGCAGCCAUGGCCUACAACUUCAACCUUUUGCAGGCUCAGAAUCGAGGGUCCCCUAUUCCCUGCAGUGGAGUGGUACAUCCAUCUCCCCUAGGAGUGGGCCAACCAAGCCCCGACACAGAUCUACAGUCAGAUGCCAUCAGAAAUGGAAAACUUGAAGGAUGUCCGAAGUCGGAGCAGACACCCGAGAGAAAAAACACAGAAAUUAAGGAUAAACAGGGUGAUUUUGACACCGGGCGAAGUCUGGAAUCACAGACCGAUGGGUUAGCCGGUUUUCCAAAUGCACUGCUUCACCGGAAAGACCCCUCGGCUGCUCAGAGAGCACUCAAUUAUCAUCUGGCACCACCUAAUCCCGCCUUCCCCACGCAUCCCGUCGGUGGAAGAGCCCUCCCUCAACAAUGUCCAGUCUCAAGGCUGCCUUAUCGGGUAAACCAGCCUCAACACCCAGCAAUGGUCCAACAGAGUCAGGUCAGCCCUGCUUUCCCUAGUGGAGGUCCCAGUGCAUCCUUCUUUAGUGGCAGCAUUGCCCCACAUAGGGCUGCCCAGUCUCCCACUUUAGAUGUGCCAGAAUCUGGAAGUGUAGAAGAGAUGGGGAGCUCCAUUAGGACUCCUGUGCCCCACCUGGGAGGUCACCACCCUAAUUUAUCACAGCACAACAAUAGAGUCAGCAGCUUUGGGGAGGAAGGACAAGAUGCGGUGCACGCAGAUGGUCUUGAUCUUCGGCGCCCCUUGGCUCUGGAGGUCCUGAACCAGCAGCAGCAGGCUGCCAGGCUCAGCCAGUGGAAUGAAGCAGCAGGCCCUUUCCUCCCAGGGGGUGUCACCUUCCCUUUGCCCCAGCAAAUCCCCCACCUUGCUCAGCCAGGCAUGGCUCGUUUCUCACAUCAGUUGCACCGUGCGGCUAACUGGGGCCUUGGUGCCAACAUGGAGGAUGAAGCUGGUUCGGCCGCUUCCACUGGUCCACCUUUCAACAGGUACACAGGCCUUCUGAGAGAGAUCCCCCAACAGGAGCCACCUGAAACCAGGGAAGCAAGUGAAAUUCAACCACCUCCUCAAUCUCGCCUUCUCCAAUAUCGCCAGUCCCGUCCCUCAGCUGACCCUUCAUCUUCUUUAGCUGCCACUUCAAAUCAUGCCGGUCAAUUUCCAUCUGGGCCUUUCCCCCACGAAAGCGGACGUGAUCAGCUGAACAACAAUGUUCUCAACACGGCAGCUCUGCAGCAGCAUCCUGUUGGAAAUCCCCUUUACAAUAGCAGUUGCUACGCACAGCAGGCACCAGCCCACCCGACCAGUCCCCCCGCAUCGCAGGUCAAAUACCUUUUACAGGAGGCACAGUGGUCCCACGGUGGAGGUGCAUCUGUCAGCCCGCCCCAGCAGAGCCACUUGUUGGGUAACCAGGCCCAUGGUCUUCCAUACGGAGUGCCCGUCAUGGCCCCACCCAGCAGGCAGGAGCAAGUCCAUUUGAUGCAGCUUCACCAUCAGCAGCAGCAGCAACAACAUCAUCAUCAUCACCAUCACCAUCAUCAACAACAGCAGCAGCAGCAAUCUCAGCAAAGUCAAAGUCAAGACCAGGAGUCCUACCACUCAUUGUCACCCAGAACAUCUGCAACCACUGCCCUGCACAGUGUAGAUGAGUAUGAACCCAGAGGUCCUGGUCGGCCCCUGUAUCAGCGCCGUAUUUCCUCCAGCUACCCCGAUCAACCUUCUCUUGCCAAUAGCCACAAUGCCAUGUCCCAGCAGUCCCAGUCCUGUGCAGCUGACAGGACUCAGGACCACCCCCAUCCACACAUGCAGCAGCAGCAGCAGCACCCACACCCCCCCUACGGCUACCCUUCACAUGAGCUCUGGCCCAGCAACGGUGGUGGUCCAGGUCCGUUCCAGAACAUUCCAUGUAAUGGAGGUGGGACCCUCGGUCAUCAUCGGGAACUUCUCGCUUCCAAGGCCCUCCGUCAGAUGGAGGAGCAGGUGAAGGCGGAGCCUCCGGCAGCACAACAGACACAUCCCCACGCACUCACCUCCCUUCAGCACCCCGGACAGUUUCCACCCCUCAUGUCCAACAAGCAGCAGCAGCAGCAGCCACAACAGGCUCCCGCAGAGCCUGUUCAGGCAGCUCCAAAUCUAAACAAAGCACCCACGAUGUCCUAUGCCAGUGCCCUCCGCGCUCCGCCCAAACCACGAGCCAUUCGCCCCGAGCAGGCCAAAAAGAACAGCGACCCACUCUCGCUCCUGCAGGAGCUCAGUAUAGGAAGUUCAGAUGGUAGCAAUGGCUACUAUUCCUACUUCAAAUGAGUGUCACCUUCUACCCUAUAUAUACAUGCUAAAAUAAAAAACAAACUAAAGAAAAAAAAAGAAAAAUCUCGUCUCUGAAAAUACAAAAAAAAGUAGUGAUGAGUUCAUUUACAAAUUGUUUCUAUCAGUAGGUUUUCUGCAUUCUGUUCCAUUUUAAACCUUUUUAUUUGUAACAGUUUCUCCUGUUUCACAUAUCUGUGACGAAAACAAGUAUAUAUAAUGAAUGCAUUACCGGUAUGUAUACAUAGUCAUUAUGUAUAUAUGAACAUAUAUACUUAUAUUAUCUACAGUUGUAUAUGUACUGUACGUAAUGCUAAGAAAAAAAAAGCUAACAGUUUUAAAGAGAUUUUGGUUGGCCACUUAGCUUCCCUGCAUUUUUACUUCCAUAUUGAAGUUGGUUUUGAUGGUUACUAAACACACGUGUUUGCAUUUCCGUCAAGUUUGUUGCUUUCACUUGAUUUUUUUUUUCUUUUUUGUACUACUCUAGUUGUGGCAACGGUCAAAAGCUAAGUGGUCAGCUGACACAAUCGAGAAGUGUAUAGACGUAGGCAAGUUUCCUCUAAUCUGUACAUUGAAGACAAUAAAUGACUGAAUUGUAUGCCACAGACAUGUCCUUAAAUUAUUGUCAACGCUUGUUAUGCUUUCAGACAUGUCGGACAUUCUGGAAAGCCAGCCAAAACUAAUAUAUUCCACGUUUGGCUUGUUGAAACAUUGUCAUAUAUUGAUGGUUUCCCUUCCAUUAUUUGAGCUCAUUUUGGAUCUUAAAUGGGGGAAUGGGUGGUGUCGUCAUAUGGGCUUAUUCUCUCUCAAAAAAAAAAAGAAAAGUAAUGAAAUACUGUACAUGUUUUUAAUCUUUUAAAAAAGUAACAAUAUACAUUUUACUUUUCAGUCAGCAGAAUACAGUGCAGAUUUAUUUAAUUUUUUUGUACUUUAUCCCGUGGUAGCAAUACCCUCUCACUGCUCCCAUUGUGGCCACUUUUAAUCCAUUUUAUUCGCGCUAAAAACACGAGUUGUGGCAAUUUUAUUUGGGCUGAACAAAACCUCCAGUGAAAUCUAAGAACGUCAUAGAAAGGAUAUGAUACGUGCUGUUUGCAGAAGGACAAGAAGGUCUCGUGCUAUAGAAUGUUGCAGUACUGUGAUGGUUGAUGAAUGUGAAUAUGGGGGGAGGGGACCUUGAAGUUAAACUGGUGUGGCAUUCUGCAUAAUUGGAAACACUGCCAGUCAACAUUUUUUGUUUUUUUUACAAAUAUAAACACACUGACAUUUGUGAUGAAGAUGCAUUGGAUAUGGCUGAGAUCUGACUAGCACACACUGUCCCUGAUAUGUUUUCACAAUAAGACAAUCUACUAACAAUGUGAAGAUGACAUCGUUCACUAACUUCAUAAAUGAUUUUCAUUUGCUCCUAAUUGGUUUAUAAGUACAAUGGGUCAAUCAAUGACUAUUAGUUUUGUUUUGUUUUAUUUGUUUGUUAUAAUAUGAAAUAAGAAAGAAAAAAAAAAGCUGUAAAGCUGUAAGCAGCUGUAUUUUGUGUUCACUGCCCUGUCUGUUCAAACUAGUGACAUCAUCCCAUUGUGCCAUGAUUUAUCCUUCAGCAGUUAAACUUCUUAAAAUGUGAAAAGGGACCUCCUUGUCGACUUGUGCUGGUACUUACAAUGCAUUGCCGAAAUCCACAUUCUUGUCACUUAGGGUAUGAUCGCGCUGGAUAAACGCAUACCUGUAAAUAUGCAUUUCCUAGGUAUUCACAAACCCUAAAUUUGGAGAUUUUUGUAGAUGAUAUUCAAACAAAGAGUCAUGUCCUUUUUAAUUAUGCAGUUUGACAACAAAAAAAAAAAAAAACCGAGGCAAAAUCCAGUCGGUCGUCUAAAAUGUCUUCAAUCUUCGAUUUUUGUUACACACCUUCCUCGCCACUGUACAAUACUUACAUUUACGUUGCUGUACUACAACUGUUGUGCCACAAUGCAGCUAGACUACAAUCAUGAUUUUUUUCUCUUUUUAUUGCAUGGUCUUUUUUUUUUUUAACUUUCUAUCCCUGUUUUUAUUUGUAUCAAUUGUGUGUGGAAAAACAAAUUUUUGAUCAACCAUUUCCACAAGUCAAAAUUUCCUUGUGUAUUUGAUGUGUACAAUGUGACAUAAGCCAGCUGUUCUAUUUUACUAACAUGUCAUUCAACAAUGUAUCGGUCAUUUAUGUUUGUGUUUCAAAGCAGGGCUCAAGCUGAGGUUGCUCCCUGGUGUGUUUGAAGCUCGUUGGCUGAACUUGUGCAAUACUAAUAUGUCACUGCGUCUCCAGCAACCAUUUUUUUAUAUAUAUCUUGGCAGAAGGCAUUGAGCCAAAGACUAUUGAAGGAUUUUUUUUUUCUUCAGAUAAUGGAUGGAUGGAUGCGUUUGCCCUCCCCUCACUUUUUAAAUUACACACUAUCAGUUGCUUGGAUUCAAAUGUUUUUCCCUCCAGUUUUGUAUUCUUAUUUUUUUUCCCUGAAACAUAUUUGCUUGCCAUGUUUUUGAAGAAUCCAAAAGUCGAGCAAUUUAUGAGCGGCACAUGAGGGGAGCAACUUUGGCCCAGCCAGUAGAGAUAGAUCAUGGUGUCCACCUCUUUCUGUCAUCCCUUUGCUCUCAUCUGUUCCUCCCUGCAGAGAAUCCGCACCGGCACGUCCACCCCCCCCCCCCAACCCCCUACCCCCCCAAAUCCCAAUGGAUAAACCCAUGUGGGUGCAAAAGUACUGCAUAGAUCUGUUUUACUCUUUUCCAUUUCAACUGAUGGUGGUUAUAAUAAAGGAUUUAGACUGUGUUUUAAAGGUUAUUUACUUUGUUUCUCAAUUAAAGUGUUUUUAUUGAAA